AUGCACCACCAGUUGUUUGCGCGAGCGGCUCUUCUGAACAGAACCGCUGAAGAGCGGUUGAGCUACUCGUUACUAUACUUGUACAAGGCGUGCAUGUCAAUAAUGGCCGAAACGUCGAACAAAACGCUCUCCAUCGACAACAUGAACCCGAACAUCAAGGUCAUGCAGUACGCCGUUCGGGGUCCGUUGGUCAUUCGAGCCACCGAGAUCGAAAAGGAGUUGGAACAGGGUGUUAAGAAACCAUUUAAGAGUGUAAUAAAGGCAAAUAUCGGCGAUGCGCAUGCAAUGCUGCAACAUCCAAUAACGUUUAUACGACAAGUGUUGGCUACGGCUGCUUAUCCAACCCUCAUGACAAGUGAUCUGGUUCCUGAGGAUGUGAAAGCAAGGGUCAACAGAUUGCUCAAGAGUUGUGGUGGUUGCGAUGUCGGUUCUUAUAGCAAUAGUGUUGGCGUCGAAAUAAUCCGGCAUGAUGUUGCUGAAUACAUACGCAAACGAGAUGGUGGAAUCCCGUCUAUUACGGAUAAUAUAAUCCUCUCCGGCGGAGCGUCAGAAGCUAUUCGGUCUUCAAUGAAGCUGUUCAACAGCAAGGUAGAUGGGAAACCGCCUGGUGUCAUGAUCCCUAUUCCACAAUAUCCAUUGUAUUCAGCAACAAUUGCUGAGUACGGCAUGUAUCAGAUUGGUUAUUGUCUGGACGAGGAUAACAACUGGGCGCUCGACAUUUCUGUGCUCAAACGCGCCCUCGAAGAGUCUCGUGCCCACUGCUGUCCGCGCCUGCUUUGUGUCAUUAAUCCGGGGAAUCCUACCGGACAAGUGUUGACCCUGCAGAACAUCCAAGAUAUAAUCAAGUUUGCCAACGACGAACACUUGUUUCUGUUCGCAGACGAGGUUUAUCAAGACAACAUCUAUGAUCCGAAUUCGAAGUUCUUCUCAUUCAAAAAGGUCAUGACGGAAAUGGGCCCUCCAUACUCGAACCUCGAAUUGAUCAGCUUUCAUUCGUCGUCGAAGGGAUACAUGGGAGAAUGCGGAUUGCGUGGCGGAUACGCAGAGUUGGUCAACGUCGACCCAGACGUUGUCACGCAGUUCAAAAAAUCAAUAUCCGCAAAAUUGUGCUCUACGGUUUUAGGCCAGAUCGCGAUGGACUGCGUUGUUAACCCCCCAAAACCCGGUGAGCCGUCGUACGAUUUGUUUGCUAAAGAGAAAGCGUUCGUGUUAAAAACUCUUGGUCAGAAGGCGAAGAUGAUCACGGACGCAUUUAAUUCAAUCGACGGAAUCAAGUGCAAUGCAGUUCAAGGCGCCAUGUAUGCGUUCCCGAGAAUAUUUCUUCCACCGAAAGCGAUCGAGAAAGCUAAAGAACGUGGUGAAGCACCUGACUUCUAUUAUGCCUGGAAUCUUUUGGAAAACACCGGUGUGUGCGUCGUGCCCGGAAGCGGCUUUUGCCAAAAGGAAGGAACGUUUCACUUCAGAACGACGAUACUGCCGCCUCCCGACAUAUUCGAAGAUAUGAUCACCCGAUUCAAGGCUUUUCAUACAAAGUUUAUGGCGGAUCAUUCGUAA